AGCUACUGGUGCUUCUACUACAGUAUAUGCAGUUAAAGAUUUUGGUGAUCCAAAUAAUGAUGAUGCUGUUGAAAAAGAAGAACAGUUCUUAAUAAAAUGGAAAGAAUGGUCACAUUUACAUAAUACUUGGGAGUCUGAAAAUACUCUUAGGGAACAGAAAGUUAAAGGUUUAAAAAAAUUAGAAAAUUAUUUAAAAAGAGAAGACGAAAUUAAAUUUUGGAAAGAAACAGCAACUCCAGAAGACAUUGAAUAUUUUGAAUGUCAACAAGAAAUGGCAGUUGAAUUGAGGCAGCAACAUAUGAGAGUUGAACGAAUUAUUGCACAUGCACCAUCAAAGAAUGGAGAUGUGAAUAGUACAGAUUACUUCUGCAAAUGGGAAGGAUUACCAUAUUCUGAAUGUACUUGGGAAGAUGGUAACUUAAUUUGCCAAAAAUUUCAAUCAAAAAUUGAUGAAUAUAAUAAUCGACAAAAAUCACAAAAAAUACCAAGCAAAGUUUGUAAGGUUUUAAAAGCCCGUCCAAAGUUUACUCCAUUAAAACAACAGUUAAAGUACAUGGGAAAUUCUGAUGAUUUACAGCUCAGGGAUUAUCAAUUGGAAGGUUUGAAUUGGCUUGUUCAUUCAUGGUGCAAGGAAAAUAGUGUUAUUCUUGCUGAUGAAAUGGGAUUAGGAAAAACUAUACAGACAAUAUGCUUUUUGUCAUACUUAUUUCAUCAGUAUAGUUUGUUUGGACCAUUUCUACUAGUAGUUCCAUUGUCAACUAUGGCUUCUUGGCAACGUGAAUUUAGUCAGUGGGCUCCUGAAAUGAAUGUUGUUGUGUAUCUUGGUGAUGUUGGCAGUAGGAAUUUGAUUAGACAGUAUGAAUGGUGUCAUCCUGGAAAUAAAAGAUUGAAGUUUAAUGUAUUAAUUACAACAUAUGAAAUAUUAUUAAAAGAUAAAACAUUUUUAAACAAUGUUAGUUGGGCAGUUUUAGGAGUGGACGAAGCACAUCGCUUAAAAAAUGAUGACUCCUUAUUAUAUAAAUCAUUAUUUGAAUUUGACACAAAUCAUCGAUUACUUAUUACUGGAACACCUUUACAAAAUUCAUUAAAGGAGCUAUGGGCUUUAUUACAUUUUAUAAUGCCAAAUAAAUUUGGUUCUUGGGAAGAUUUUGAAAUUGAACAUAAAGAAACAGUUGACAAAGGAUAUACAAAAUUGCAUAAACAGUUAGAGCCAUUUCUGUUGAGAAGAGUUAAAAAAGAUGUUGAAAAAUCAUUGCCAGCUAAGGUGGAACGCAUAUUAAGAGUAGAAAUGACUUCUAUACAGAAACAAUAUUAUAAAUGGAUUUUAACUAAAAAUUACAAAGCAUUAAGUAAAGGAUUAAAAGGAAGUUUAACAGGCUUUGUUAACAUUAUGAUGGAAUUAAAAAAAUGCUGCAACCAUGCAAUGCUUGUUAGAAUUCCAGAAAAUUUUGAUAACAGUGAUGCUUUGCAGCAAUUGCUUCGAGGAAGUGGAAAAUUUAUGUUGCUUGACAAAUUAUUAUGUCGAUUAAAAGAAACUGGGCACCGUGUUUUAAUUUUUUCUCAGAUGGUUAGAAUGCUAGAUAUUCUCAGUGAUUAUUUACAAUUAAGGCAUUUUCCAUUUCAGGUAAACUUUAAUACUAUUUAUAAUAAGGUUUCUAAUAAUUAUAAAUUCAAUUUUUUACAUUUUAAUGCUGAUGGAUCUCAGGACUUUUGUUUUUUGCUUUCUACAAGAGCAGGCGGUUUAGGAAUAAAUUUAGCAACUGCAGAUACAGUUAUAAUUUUUGAUAGUGAUUGGAAUCCACAGAAUGAUUUACAAGCUCAGGCUCGUGCUCAUAGAAUUGGUCAAAAGAAUCAGGUUAAUAUAUAUCGUUUGGUAACAAAAGGAAGUGUAGAAGAAGAUAUUAUUGAAAGAGCUAAAAGGAAAAUGGUUUUAGAUCAUUUGGUAAUUCAAAGAAUGGAUACUACUGGUAGAACAGUUCUGUCUAAAAGCAAUGCACCAUCUAGUACAAAUUCUACACCUUUCAACAAAGAAGAAUUGGCAGCAAUUUUAAAAUUUGGUGCUGAGGAAUUAUUUAAGGAAACAGAUGAAGGUGAUGAAGAACCACAGGUUGACAUUGAUGAAAUCCUUAGCCGUGCUGAAACAAGAGAAGAUCAACCUGUUUCAGUUGGAGAGGAAUUAUUAUCAGCAUUUAAAGUUGCUAGUUUUAAUUUCAAUGAAGAAGAAGAAGUGAGUAUGAAUAGUACUGGUCAUUUAGAAUCAGAAGUAUCUGCUGAGAAAGACUGGGAUGAAAUUAUUCCAGAAGCAGAUAGAAAGAAAGUGGAAGAAGAGGAUAAACAGCGAGAAGAAUUGGAGAUGUAUCUACCACCACGUAAUAGGAAAGCAAUUCAGGUAUCAGCACAUUCAGACAGUGAAGAUCAAGGGAAAAAACGGAAACUUGAUACAGGAGAGAAAGAAACUGGUUCUGACAAAGAGGAAUCAGAAGAAGAAAGGCCUCGUAAACGUGGACGUCCUAGGAUUCUUCCUCGUGAUACAAUAAAAGGAUUUACUGAUAAUGAAAUUAGAAGGUUUAUUAGAAGUUAUAAAAAAUUCCCUGCUCCAAUGAAGAGAUUAGAAGCUGUUGCAAUGGAUGCUGAAUUACAAGAAAAAACAUUAUCUGAUUUGAAACGUUUGUGCGAGUUACUACGCAGCGGCUGUGAUACAGCAAUGAAAGAACAAAAAGCAAAACGAGAAUCACAAGCUGAAGAUAGCAAUAUGUCUGCUGGCAAACGUAGAGAUCGUGGACCUUCUUUCAAAUUAUCAGGUGUGACUGUGAAUGCUAAAUCAAUUCUUAACAAUGAAAGUGAGUUAGAACCUUUGGACAUAGUGUUGCCAUCAGAUUCAGAAUUGAGAAAAAGAUGGAUACUGAAUGCAAAAUGUAAAGAUACACAUUGGGAUGUUCCAUGGACAAAUGAAGAUGAUUCUAAACUACUUAGAGGAAUCUAUGAAUAUGGUAUGGGUAGCUGGGAAGCAAUAAAGAUGGAUCCUAAUAUUGGACUUGGAGAUAAAAUAUUACCUGAUGGUGAACAAAAACCUCAAUCUAAAAAUCUACAGACUCGAGCUGAUUAUCUUUUAAAAGUUCUAAAAAGAAUUGUAGAUCAACAAAAAGCUGGAGAGGAAAGACCAAAGAAAAAUAGGAAAAGACGUAUAGAAAAAAUUCAUCUGAGUAAACCUUUUGUUGAAAUGGAUGAUAGUAAUGAUAGUCAUUCUGGAUCAUCUGUGAUUCCUACAAAAGAAAUGAAAAACAAGAAUAGAACAAAAGCAGAGAAAUAUAAAACUGAAAGUAAAUUAAAAGUUGAAGAAGAAAUAAGUCCAAUCUCCAUUAAGGAAUCAGAUUCAAAAGCCAUGAAAAGAAAAAGGAAGAGUGAUAAAUCAGGACGUAAAAAUACCAAAGAAAAACAUAAAAAGCUAUGGAUAUUUGUAUCAAAAUUUACGGAACUUGAUGCAAAAGAACUCUACAAGUCAUAUAAACACGCUGUUAAGAAAGAUGAAGGAGAACAUGAUGAAAAGAAGGAGAAAGAUGAAGGAAAAGAAAAAGAUAAUGACAAAAAUAAAGAUAGAGAAAGUGAAAAAAUCAAAACUUGUGAUGAGUCCAGCCAACAUAGUGUACAUAGCCAAGUGUCUCCACAUCCUAGUAAGUCUGAGAAAUCAAGUCAGCCUCAUACUGGAUUCAAUUCUAAAUGGCCGACUGAAAAUGAUAAAUCAGAGAAAAGUGAAAGAUCAACAUCAGGGAAAAGGACAGAAAGUGAAAAAAGUCGUAAUGAAAGAAAUCGUGAUAGGUCAGAUAGAGAGAAGAGAGACAGCCAUGCAGAUAAAAGUAGUAAUUAUUCGAGAGAGAAAGGAAGUCCAUUACAGAAAGGUACUCCUAAUAGUUAUAUGUUAUCAUCAUAUCGAAAUUACAACCAAGGUUCAUCAAGUGGAAUGGGUGAUAGAUGGAUGCAUGGCAAUUCUUCACAAUCAUGGGAUCAUCAUAAAGACAGAUAUAAUAGUGAUUACAAGAGAGAUCAUUAUAGAUCAUAUCCUCGAGAUGAAGGACCAAGUAAUUAUAAUAAACGAGAUAGAUUACACAAUGAAAGGAGAGAUCCUAGGUUUCAUGGUCAAAUGCCCCCACCUCACAGUGGAACAUAUUCAUCUUAUAAUGUGCCAUCUGUGUAUUCAAGUCAUAGUAACUUUAAUUAUGGUGCAUCAGUUCAGGGACAAAUUUCUACUUCAGUGACGCAGCCUCCUCCUUUGGUCGGAGAGCACAGUCCGUUGGGACCAUAUAGUUCUUAUCAAGGUCACAGUGAUUCUUGGAGAAGAAAAGAAGGAUUUCGAACACCAAAUGUGUACGAAAGACUCGAAAGUGGCCAGGGAGAUUAUAAACAAAAACAUUGAUUAUGAUUUUCUACAGUUUUCUGUGGAUAAAGAAGCUUAUUUGUUUCAGAUACAAUCAGUCCAUCGAUUGGAAGCAGAUCUGAGCUGGAUAAGAAACAGGGUACAUGAAACAAUUUUUUUAGCGUGCGGACAAUUAAACUGUUUCUUCCAGUUCCGUCUGAUCAUCUGGAUGAUGACGGUUUAUAUUCAGUGACACGAAUUCCUUUAAAUCAUUCCCAGAGUGUACUUCAGCCAUCAACGUUAUUGAUUUUGAAUUGCACUGACGUGUGUAAAUGUGGACAAUGAAGACAAGAGUGAAGUGAUAUAAUUUCAUGACUAAAGAACCAAUUUGUUACAAUAUAAUCAUAAAGUUAAAUUCCAUUACACUUGUUUUGAAAGAAGGAAUUGAGGCUCUGAUGUAAUAUUUCAUUAUAUUUUAUUGCACCUACAGAAGUUAUUUUAUUACCUUUGCAUAAUUCUGUUUAAUGUGAAAAGUGGCUUUGAUUCCUACAUGAUUUAAGCAUACAGUCAAAACCAUCUUUAUUUAAUUUCUGAAUAUUUUCCUUAAUUUGAUCAUGUAAUUAAAGUUAUUGCAGAGCAUUAUAUUUGUUCAGGUUCCUAUCACAAUGUGCAUAAAUGAAGUGUGUGACGUUUGUAUAUAUUAUACAAUUACUAAUGCUUUAGAAAACAUUGUGACUUAUGUUUGAAAAAUUGAGUAUACUUUUGAAGAUAAAGUAUUAUUUGUAAAACAUUUGUCAAAUUUUUUGGGAGGAACAUAGUAAACGUAAAAAAAAAAAAAAACAUAAUAAAUAUUGCAGCUUACUUUAUUUUCCUAAUUAUUUAAUUAUGGUGAAUUUAAUUUUAAAUAAUAAAGUAAAAUUUAUUUAUUACAGCAAAACUGCAGACAGUAAACAUAGGGUACUGUUAACAUUAAAAUAAAUUUUGUAAAAAUUCGAAAUUAAUUUAAAUAUAUCGUAAUGGAAAAGAUCGAAAGUGCACUUGUGAAUAGAACUCUAUGUAAGCAACAUAUAAAUUGUUAUUUCUAUGCAAGUAGUGCUGAACAACACUCCAGUUUUGUUAAUUCAUUGAAGGAUUAUGUUUGUAGAUAAGAGGAUAUAUUCACCUGUACUUAACAUUAAACAUCUGUACAUAUGGGUGUGGUUGUAAUUUUCCAUUCUUAAGUUAAGUAUGACCAUGUAAGUAAGAAAUGAGUGAAUUCUUUCACUUUUUUGAGCCUAAAAAAAGAAUAUCAUUUUGUUUUUUAUUAUGUUAUUAAUUAAAAUUUUAAGGAAAAAAUAUAUAUAAUAUAUAUAUAUAUAUACAUACCUAUGAUGUGUUUUUAUAUCAUUAAAUUUGAUGUAAACAUUAAUUAUUAUUUCUUAAAUUUAAUGUUAAAAGCAAGCAGAUUUCUUUAGCGCACAAACCUCUUCAAGAUUAUUUUUAAUCAAACUGGUAAGAGUAAGAUCCCAUUGGGAAAUGAAAUUUUCCUUAUGGGAAAGGCAGGAGUUAUAAUCAUUGACUUGGUAAAUAGUGUGAUUUGAUUGUUGUUGGUUGGUUAUCGUUUAAAAUAUAAUUAAAAAAUUUAAUUUUGAAUUGAUGACACAACUGAUUUAAUAAGUUAUGAUCAUUCAGCUGAAUUUUCGCGUUCUGAAUGCAAACGUUUGCCGUUGGCCUUUUUUUUUUAUAACUUUUGUUUGUGUAACUCUUAAAACCUGUUUUCUCAUUUUUACUGUAAUUCAGCUUUGGAGACGAAUGGCCAAAAAAACAAUAGCUAUUUUCAGCUAUUUUAUGAGAAUCUUGCCGAAUUUUUUUAAAAUGAAUGAUCUCACUUAUUUUGUGAACCGAAAAUUCCAAUAAGUCAUGUUCAGAAAUAAAGAAUGAAUAAUGUUUUGUAUAUA